AGCCACCCCCCCCCAGCGGGCACUGCCCACAACCAAAAUGGCGGCGGUAGCGCCGGGCGGUGUGGCGGGGCUCUGCCGCCUGCUCUUACCGCUGCUGGCGGCGGUACCGGCGGCCGGGGGGUCCCGGGGGGCGGUGGGCGGCAUGCUGUACCCCCGGGAGAGCCCCUCCCGAGAGCUGAAGGAGCUCGGCGGCGUCUGGAGCUUCCGUGCCGACUUCUCGCCGGGCAGGGCCGCCGGCUUCGAGCAGCGCUGGUACCGCCGGCCGCUGAGGGAGACUGGUCCUGUGAUUGACAUGCCCGUGCCUGCCAGCUUCAAUGAUAUCACUCAGGACCCCAACCUGGAGAACUACAUCGGCUGGGUUUGGUAUGAGAAGGAGGUGCUGCUUCCUCAGCGCUGGCUUCAGGACAACCUCAGGGUGGUGCUCCGGUUUGGGAGUGCCCAUUACUACUCCGUUGUGUGGGUCAAUGGAGUGCAGGUUGUGGAGCACGAAGGCGGCCACCUCCCUUUUGAAGCAGAUAUAAGCAGCAUCGUCCAGAGCAGCCCACAGAUUCCCUGCCGCAUCACUGUUGCACUGAAUAACACACUGACACCUCACACUCUGCCUCCAGGGUCAAUUGAGUACAUGAAUGACCGCACAAGGUAUCCCAAGAACUAUUUUGUACAGAACAUCAGGUUUGAUUUCUUUAAUUAUGCUGGAAUCCAUCGCCCGGUUGUGCUUUACACCACUCCUUCUGUCUACAUAGAUGAUAUUACUGUGACAACUACUUCAACAGAGAGUGUUGCAAAGGUGCAGUAUCAGGUAUCAGUAGUCGGCAGCACGUUCUAUUCCUUGUCCCUGAGUUUACGUGACCAAGAGGGAAGAGUGGUUGCUACAGGUGAUGGACCAGCUGGAGUGUUAAAAGUCUCAAAUCCAAAUCUUUGGUGGCCUUAUCUGAUGCACGAGAACCCCGGAUACCGCUACUUCUUAGAGGUGAAAAUGCAGGCACAGGCAAAUGAGGUGCUGCUGGAGGACGUAUACACGCUCCCAGUCGGCAUCCGCACUGUCCACGUCACCAGCACACAGUUCCUCAUCAAUGGCAAGCCCUUCUACUUCCACGGGGUCAACAAGCACGAGGAUGCGGACAUCCGUGGCAAAGGCCUCGACUGGGCCCUGAUCGUGAAGGACUUCAACCUGCUCCGCUGGCUAGGGGCAAACUCCUUCCGCACCAGCCACUACCCCUAUGCUGAGGAGAUCAUGGACCUGUGCGAUGCCUAUGGCAUCGUGGUGAUCGACGAGUGCCCAGGAGUGGGGAUUAAAAUGCCUGAGAGCUUUGGGAACAAGUCACUGCAGCAUCACCUUGUUGUGAUGGAGGAGCUGAUCCGCAGGGAUAAGAACAGGCCAUCAGUUGUGAUGUGGUCAGUAGCCAACGAGCCGGCAGCAGAGCUGCCCCCAGCAGCUUACUACUUCAAGACAUUGGUAGCUCACACUAAAGCUCUCGAUCCCACCAGACCUGUAACCUUUGUGACCGAUACCAACUAUGCUGUUGAUCGUGGUGCUCCUUACGUGGAUGUAAUUUGUGUAAAUAGCUACUUCUCCUGGUAUCACGACCCAGGCCAUCUGGAAGUUAUUCCACUGCAACUCACAGCACAGUUUGAGAACUGGUAUAAAACCUACCAAAAACCUAUUAUCCAGAGUGAAUACGGAGCUGACUCAGUUCCUGGACUUCACAGCGAUCCACCUCUUAUGUUCAGCGAGGAGUAUCAGAAAGCUAUGCUGAGAGAGUACCACUCUGUUUUUGACAAAAAGAGGAAAGAGUACGUGAUUGGGGAGCUCAUCUGGAACUUCGCCGAUUUCAUGACUAAUCAAGGGACCACACGUGUUUUGGGUAACAAGAAAGGAAUAUUUACCCGCCAGCGUCAACCCAAGUCAGCUGCGUUUGUUCUGAGAGAGAGAUACUGGAAGAUUGCAAAUGAAUCAAGCUGUCUUCCUCCUAUAAUGAAAUCACAUAUCCUCUUUCUAUGAUGAAAUGAAAAGGUAUUACAGCUGAGUACUAUGCAGAACUUUUUCAUUAAAUUUCUGUUUAAAUAACAUUUACGCCUGA